GAAAAGACUAAAGAAGAAGGACUAUUUUUUUUAAGUGACCAGGAUUCAAGUGUUAAAUAAAAAAAUAUAUAUAUGUAUUAAAAUGAUAUGAAUCUCAGCGCUGUGAAACGGGCCAGUCCAGUAAUCUACAGCAGAUGGCAUCUUAAGAACCCUUUUAAUGGAAGAAAAGAAAUAAAGGCCAGGAAAGGGGAUGCAUAGCUGGAGGUGUUAUUUCUCAAGGCUCAUGCGUCUGUCGGUGCGCUGGGUCCGCCUGUGUCCCCAUCCGAGACAAGGCAAGCCGCCUGGCUCGCUCUGGCAGUUCUGGAGCUAUGGAAAAGUCAUCUUCAACUCCCUUUACUUCAACACCCUCACCAACUGGGAUACGGUGCUCGACUCCAUUUUUGAACCUGUUUAUUGGUUGGUGGACAACCUGACCCGCUGGUUUGGGGUGGUGUUUGUGUGUCUGGUGAUUGCUCUGACCAGUUCUGUAGUACUGAUUGUCUACCUCUGCGUCCUGCCGCUGAUCAUACGCACUUACCCGACGCACUGGAUAAUCUGGCACCUCUGCUAUGGUCACUGGAAUCUUGUGAAUAUUGUGUUUCACUACUACAAAGCCAUCACAACAUCACCUGGAUGUUCUCCACAGGAAAAGAGUGAUAUUCCAACAGUGACUAUUUGUAAGAAGUGUAUUGUUCCCAAACCGGCGAGGACACACCACUGCAGUAUUUGCAACAUGUGUGUUUUAAAAAUGGACCAUCACUGUCCCUGGUUAAAUAACUGUGUCGGCCAUUUCAACCACCGCUACUUCUUUUCCUUUUGCCUGUAUAUGACCAUGGGCUGCAUCUACUGCAGCGUCAGCGCCAGAGAAAUGUUCUUUGAUUCUUACAAUGCCAUUGAGAGCUAUUAUCAGACUCCUCCACCCCAUUUCACUUAUGAGGAGCAGCUUUUCCAUAAGAGCCUUCUUUACCUGUGGGUGCUAACCAGCUCUGUGGCAGUAGCCUUGGGGGGUCUGACCAUCUGGCAUGCUGUACUCAUCACCAGAGGAGAGACCAGUGUGGAGAGACACAUUAACCGCAAAGAGAGAAAACGCCUGAAGCAGAUAGGCAAGGUAUUCAGGAAUCCUUAUCAUCACGGAAGAAUAAAUAACUGGAAAAUCCUGUUUGGUGUGGAGAAAACGAGUCAGUGGAUAACACGGGCACUGUUACCCUCGAGUCAUCCUCCUUAUGGUGACGGGCUCACAUGGGACUGGCCCCCACCCCACCACAAGGACAUGGACACCAUAUAAACGAUUAAUUCAAAUAAAUACAAACCAACAUUUCAAGCCAGCAGAUUUCAGUCCACGAAGCGUAAAGAUCUGCACCGCUGGGUUUCCUGCUCGGUCUGAGGACGACGAGAAGCUGCAUAAAGCCGUUUCCAGGAUGGAUGUGCCAAAGAGUUACUGCAAAAUGAUCUUUUAUGGAUGCGUUUAGUAUUUUGUGUUAGUUGUGAAGUAUUUUCACGGGUGAAACAUUUCAUCGAAGAAAAAUGGUUUGGAAGAAGGGAGGAGUUGAUCUAGUUACGCGUGAUUUUUUUUUUCUUGUUUUACGAUAGCAUUUUGAAAAUUAUUUUAUAGUGUGCCUUGAAGUAUUUGGAAAGAUGUAUUUAGAAUUCAAUCAUCAAACCGAUCUUUCUUUUAACGGUUCGUUAAAAUGUUAAGUAAUAGCUGAUGAUUAAACACAAAUGAAACAGCAUUUACUUAUAGCCCAAGAGCAUUAGCUCAAAAUUGAGUCCAACCCGGAACAAAUUAGUAACAAGCUGAAUUU